UGAACCAAAUGUAAUUUUUUCAAGCCAACGGUCAAAUGGUACAGUCAUGUGAACCAAAAGCAAUUCUUUCAAAAAAGUAACGGUAAAUAUUUACUUUUCCAAUAUAAAUUCAGUUUUUGCCAAUUCAAGCCAUUCAACCUCACAUCUCUUUUCAUAUUGUAGGAGAAAAAAAGUUGCUUCUUCGUUCCAUUCAAUCCUUUCACUCCCUUCAUUUUUUAUAAUGGCUCGCAAUCGGUUACUUAAUAUGAUUGUGAACGAUUCAGAUUUUUCUGACUCGGAUGAUGAGUUGGAGAUAUUUCAAGCAGUUACUACGUAUGAAAGUGAGAGGGACUCGAGCUCAAGCCGCAAUCGUCGCAUGGUUAUUAAUCGCAACACUUUUGGAGCUCAAAACCGGCUUUUUGAUGAUUACUUUGCUGAAUCUCCAGUAUUUCCUCCGCAUUAUUUUCGAAGGAGGUUUCGAAUGAGCCGUUCUCUUUUUCUUCGUAUACAUGAUGCCGUAAAAGCACAUGAGCCUUACUUUAUCCAGAAGAGAAAUGCAGUAGGAAAGCUUGGUUUAUCAUCUCUUCAAAAAAUGACUGCCGCAUUUAAGAUGCUAGCUUACGAUGCACCAGCCGAUUCCGUGGAUGAAUGCAUGAGGAUUGGAGCAACCACGGCCUUAAAAAGCCUAAGAAGAUUUCUUAGAGCAGUAAUUGAAGUGUUCUCCGAGGAGUAUUUGAGGUCACCUAAUGCCACUGAUGUAGCUAGAUUGCUAGUGGUUGGUGAACUACAGGGAUUUCCGGGGAUGUUAGGGAGCCUUGAUUGCAUGCAUUGGGAAUGGAAGAAUUGCCCAACCGCUUGGCAAGAAUCCACAAGGAAGGAUGUAGAACGGGCAUUUGGAGUGCUUCAAGCAAGGUUUGCAAUUGUGCGAGGACCGGGGCAGUUGUGGGAUAAGAAAACACUAAAAGAUAUCAUGUUAACAUGCAUAAUAUUACACAACAUGAUCAUUGAGGAUGAACGAGAUUAUAAUGGAGCGGCCGAUCUCAACUAUGAUCCAUUGGAGCAUACUCCUCUUGUAGAAGUUUCACACGAGAGAACUAUUGACCUUGUGGAAUUCAUUCGAUGCAAUCAUCAGAUGAGGGACAGGGGAACUCAUUCUCAACUCCAAGCAGACCUAAUUGAACACCUUUGGCAAAUGUGCGGCCAAUCAUAGUAACUUGUUGUUUGAUUUGAAUUCAUUUGUGUACAAUGUACUUUAAUUUGGAGUCCUAGUAGUCUAUUUAGGC